ACAAACACACGGCGACUGGUUGGGCCUUUUUUCAAGGGCAGGAUAUGCUAGCUCGCGGCUAAUGGCAGCAGGAAGUGUCACGUUAGCCUCGCAGCUGAAAGACGACUUGGACGGUUUGAGGAAACUUCCUGUUGACCCGGGUCAACUUCACGGCGAAACGAAAAGUUGCAUUGCGAUGUGGCUUUUUUUUUUUUUUUUUGUGGUCGAAAGCUCACUGGGUGUGACGACCUCAACGGCUCAUCUCCGAUUCGAGUUUCGGUACAUCUGGAGGUCAGAGUUCAGCGCGAGCCGGCAUACGUCAGGUCAGGAGGUCGCGGCGCGGCGGCCGCGUCCCCGAUUGGCUGACGGGCUCCGAUAAGGUCGAAGAUGACGCCGCCCCCCCCCGGCACAACUCGGCGCGACUGCGGAGGGCAAGGAUGCGGUCAGGCCUCGGCGACGGCGAUUCCGACGCGUACGACUUUGCCGAGUACGCCAACUGGUCGCUGGAGGAUUGGCGGGCGACGGAGGACGAUUACGACGACGGCGGCGGCGACUGGUGCGAGGCGGGCGAGCAGGAGUCGGCCAUCAAGGUGUUCCAGACGUGUCUGUUCGCCGCGGUCUUCCUGUUGGGCGUGGCGGGAAACGUUUUGGCGAUGGCCACCUUCGCGGCGCAUCGCCGCCGCCGCCGCUCGGCGACGGACGCCUUCCUGUUCCAGCUGGCGCUGGCCGACCUGCUGCUGCUGCUGACGUUGCCGCUGCAGGCGGCCGACACCAACGUGGGUUGGAUCUUCUCGGCGCCGGCGUGCAAGGCGGCGCGCGCCGUCUACGCCGUCAACACCUACGCCGGCCUGCUGCUCCUGGCGUGCAUCGCCGCGGACCGCUACCUGGCCGUGGUACCGCGUAUUGGGAACCCGCCGCGCCGCCGUCCGAGAGCGACGGCGUUUGCGAGGUCGGCGGCGUCGCCGGGCGUCUGGCUGGCGGCGGCGCUGCUCGGCCUGCCCGAGAUCAUCUUCUCCGACGUGGCCGGCUCCGGGGCCGACGCCUACUGCGGCACGCUGGCGAGCCCCGGCGUCAAAAUGGCCGCCGACGGCGCCGCCGUCGCCGUCUUCGCUCUGUCCUUCCUGGUCAUGGCGUCGUGCUACGGGGGCAUCGCUCGCGCGCUGUGGGCGGGGCCCGGCGGCGGGGGCGGGGCCAGGCGCCCCCGCCGCACGCUGAGGCUGAUGGGGGCCCUGGUGGCGCUCUUCCUGCUCUUGCAGCUGCCCCACAGCGUGGUCUUGUCAGUCAAGAUGGCGCGGCCCCUCUGCGCCCCGCUCCUGGAGUACGUCACGCGCAGCCUGGCGUACGCCCGCUGCUGUCUCAAUCCCGUCACCUACGUCCUGGCGGGCCGGCGCUUCCGCCGGGACGCGCUCGAGCUCCUGCGCCGCCGGUGCCGGUCGGCCGUUCGGCCCGACGGCGCCGCCUCGCAAUCCUGAUCUGAUUCCGGGUCUUCUGAUUGGUGGGUUGGUAAUUGGUCCACCGAUUGCAUGUAACCUGACGCAAUUCCCGUCCGCUUCCGCGCUGCUUUCCAAAAGUUUCACGCCAAACUUUGUUUUUUUCUUUCUUCUUUUAUUGCCACUUUCACGACAAUUUAUAAAAACUCUCAAUGACACACACUCAUGUCUCUGAAUAUUAUUGAUUACAAGUCAUCAGCGUGCACGUCUAGAAUUUGCAUGCCACUCGGUAUGAUUUUUUUUUUUUUCCCUCCUAAUUGCGAUGACGGAGAACAUCAAGUCCACGGAAGCUAACGAGACGGUCGAUGGUUCGGGUGCGUGCGGGCCGCGCGCGGGACUAUCGGAAGAUAUUCAGGAAACGGGUAGAAAAUGGCCGACGGAGCUUUGCUUGAUGGUCGUCAGAAAAAAUAAAA